UUGCCGGUUAGUGAUUUUUAUCAACGAUUCGCUAUCAAUUAUAAAAAAAAAACACCCUAAAUCAAUUGAUAAAUCCAUAAUCGAAGAGAUAAAAGCGUUAGACAAUCAAAUAACAGCUAUUUAUUGCUUAGGUACAGUAGACAAUAGAUUUAGCACAGAAUGGUGCGCUUGGAAUAUACAAAAGGUUUUGACGGUUUCGAAAAAUCUAUUGAAGAUUUGGCCAAGAAUAAGGGAAAAUUAUUUGUUUACUUUACCGGCGAAAAAGAUGACAAAGGAGUAAGUUGGUGUCCAGAUUGUAAUGUAGCUGGACCUAAGGUAGAAGCAGCUAUCAAAGAAUUUGCUGAGGAUGAUACCAUAUUCCUAACUGUUGACGUGGGCAAUAGAUCAUUCUGGAAAGAUAUGAAAAAUCCUUUCCGUUUGGAUUCUCGUCUCAAACUUAUGGUCAUUCCCACUUUAAUUCGCUGGAAGACGGUUAUAAAAUUGGAGGGCGAUCAAUGCGAAAAACCUGAUUUACUGGAGAUGUUCUUUAAUGAAGACUAAAGUAGAGAAUGGUUUCGAUUUACGACCAUUACAUCUUUUUUUAUACAUUUAUUAUACACACAGCAUUAUUGAGAUAAAGUUAACUACAAAACACAGAUAAUAAUGUACACAUUAAAAAAAAUAUAUGUAUGUAUAUAGCUAUAUACAUAAAAA